AUGGCUCCUGUAUUCCAAUCGAAUUUCUCCAUUCGUUCCCUGUUGUCGGAUAAGAAACCAAGUUUCGAGGAUACGGAAAUGUCAUACGUUCCCAGUGCUCCCAUCAGUCCAUCGGCAACAUCACAAUCAUCAGAGGAAAUGUUAAGUGAUGAUGCAUCAUCGACCAGCAGCAAAUCAUCGGAUUCCAAACCUGCCUACACCUACAGUGCCUUGAUUGUCAUGGCCAUCAGAAGCAGUCCCGAAAAACGCCUAACACUCAGUGGAAUUUGCGAAUGGAUAGCUGAAAACUUUGCCUACUAUCAAAAGAACAAAAGUGUUUGGCAAAACUCCAUACGCCACAAUCUUAGCUUGAAUCCCUGUUUCGUUCGUGUUCCACGUGCUUUGGAUGAUCCAGGACGUGGCCACUACUGGGCUUUGGAUCCCUCUGCCGAAGAUUUGACUAUUGGUGAAACCACCGGCCGCUUGAGACGCAGUAACAAUGCCAUGAUUGGUCGUUCCUUUGGACCUGGUGCCAUUCGCACAAAAUCAGCUAUGCACUAUGCUUCACCAUAUGGCGGUCAUCAUCAUCAUCCCUACCAUCAGGCAAUGACAAAUACCAUGGCCUAUGCUCAUCAUUACACACCCAAUGCUGUAUAUUUCCCAACACCCGAAGAAAUUCGUUUGGCUCAACAGACUGCCUUAUUGCAAAGCCAACGGGAACAACAAGCCUGGUCCAACUAUCAGAGGCAACAACAGCAUUUACAACAAAUGCAAUACCAUCAACAAUACCUUAUGCAACAAGGUGGCAUCCCAAUGUAA